AGCUCCAAGCUCAGCACCUGCUGCUCCUGCAUGCCUGUUACCAUGUGGUUCCUGAUCCUGUUCCUCGCCCUGUCCCUGGGACGGAAUGAUGCUGCACCUCCCGUCCAGUCUCGGGUUGUUGGAGGAUAUAACUGUGAGAUGAAUUCCCAACCCUGGCAAGUGGCUGUGUACUACUUCGGCGAAUACCUAUGUGGGGGUGUCCUGAUAGACCCCAGCUGGGUGAUCACAGCUGCUCACUGCGCAACCGACAAUUACCAGGUUUGGCUGGGCCGAAACAACCUAUAUGAAGAUGAACCCUUUGCUCAGCACCGGCUUGUCAGCCAAAGCUUCCCUCACCCCGGUUUCAACCAGGACCUCAUAUGGAACCACACCCGACAACCUGGGGACGACUACAGCAAUGAUUUGAUGCUGCUCCACCUCAGCCAGCCUGCGGACAUCACAGAUGGUGUGAAGGUCAUCGAUCUGCCCAUUGAGGAGCCCAAGGUGGGGAGCACCUGCCUUGCCUCGGGCUGGGGCAGCAUCACACCUGACGGAUUGGAAUUAAGUGAUGAUCUCCAGUGUGUGAACAUCGAUCUUCUGUCUAAUGAGAAGUGCGUCGAGGCACACAAAGAAGAGGUGACAGAUCUCAUGCUGUGUGCAGGAGAGAUGGAUGGGGGCAAAGACACUUGCAAGGGUGACUCAGGAGGCCCCCUCAUCUGUAAUGGUGUGCUCCAAGGCAUCACGUCCUGGGGCUUUAACCCAUGCGGUGAACCCAAGAAGCCAGGCAUCUACACCAAACUUAUUAAGUUCACCCCCUGGAUAAAAGAAGUUAUGAAGGAAAACCCCUGAGUGUCACACAGUCCCCUGGUCUCAAUAAAACCCACCAUGCAGCAC